AUGGCGGCGCGUUUUGAUGUUAUGGAUGGCACUGAGGAAGAUUUGUUAUACCUUGACCAUUUAAAUCUUGACCGAAAUCGUGUUGGAGUGAUUGUGGAAAGGGGAAACCCUUUUGAAGAUUAUGGUGAUAGGAAGUUUGAAGAGAGAUUUCGUCUGUCAAAAGAAACAGUGUGGUGGUUAUUAAAUCAAAUUAAUGAUAGGUUAGAAUUUCCUACUGAUCGGAAUAACCCUGUUUGUCCGAUAAACAGACUUUUGAUUACUUCUAGGGCAUAUGCAACAGGUGCAUUCAACAUUCUUAUUGGGGGCAACAGUAAUAUACAUCGUACAACAGCACAACGAAUCAUCAGUGAUGUAUCAGACAUCAUAGCAUCACUGUCUCCUCGCUUUAUAAAAUUUCCUGCAAGAGAAGAAGUGCGCUCUGUGAUGUAUGGUUUUAGUCAAUUGGACCGAUUUCCUGGCGUUCUUGGUACCUUGGAUUGUACCCAUAUAAGAAUUCAGUCUCCUGGAGGACAUAAUGCUGAACUUUUCCGCAAUAGGAAAUCAUAUUUUUCCUUUGACUGUCAAACCAUUAGUGAUCAUAAUUUGUUAGUAAGAGAUAUUGUCGCUCGAUGGCCGGGCUCUGUGCACAACAGUACCAUAUUUCUCAACUGCGCUCGCAGAGCUCAAUUUGAAAACGGAGAAAUACCACAAGGUCACUUAUUGGGAGAUAGUGGUUAUGCAUGUAAAUCCUACUUGUUAACUCCACUUUUAAAUCCUCAUAAUGAAGCAGAGCAUCGAUAUAACAGGUCUCAAAAUACGGAAGCAAUGUCAAUCAUUGUGGGUACAGCUGUCUUGCAUAAUAUUGCGAGGAGUACAAGCAGUGAAGAACCACCAGAAGAGCCUGAAAUUUCUCGACUUUUAAAUCAGUUACGUGAUGAGAGAGGCCCCAACAUUGAAGACAACGAACCAGUGCUACCUGGACAGCAGAUGUAUUGUGAUGAUACAUUACCUGGAAGAGCAGUUCGCCGAGCUAUAAUUAAUGACCAUUUCCGAUAA